AUGAAUGGAUUGUUGUUACCGGGAGGAGCGAUUGAUUUGGUGGAUCAUUCGACACAUGAAUUUACGCCAUAUUUAAUGUCUCAACAAUUAAUUGUGAGAUGGGAAAUUGAAGCUUUUCAUUCAAAACAAGAUUAUUUUCCAAUUUGGGGAACUUGUAUUGGCAUGCUAAGUUUGGCACUUAGUUUGGCCAAUGAUUCCUCUGUCAUGGAGAGUGGUUUUGAUUCUGAGAAUAUGGCCAUUCUAUUGGACUUUACUGUGAAUAAUCAAGAAUUAUUGUACAACACACGCAUGUUUUCUUUGGAGUCUGCUCCACUUGGUGACAUGUUAAACUUGAUUCAAACAUUGGGAGCAAAGAAUGUGACCUUCAAUGCACACAAGGAUGGAAUUUCAAUAGACAAAUGGCUCGGAAAUGAAUAA